AUGAAACGAAAGAAGGAUGCGAUCCUCUGCCUUCAAAGGCAAAGCGCAAUUAAGGGAAAGGGUCCAUUAGCCGUCGUUCGCAGGCUCCCUUCUUUGUUUGCGCAAACGCAAACAAGUUUAUUCAGCAGUACAGCUUUCGAAGCAAGUGGUGAUGAUUUUCAAGAACCUCCAUUACUUAGAGAAAACAAGAGCAUCUGUACUACUUUGAAAGCUGCUAAAAAAGAUAUAUCUGCUCCCGGUUCUUCAAAUGCUGUUACCAGUGACAAGACACGUAUGCCUACAGUCGACAAUGAUACGAGUGUUCAAGCUGUAUUGCUUGCUCCUAUUCCUUCCACUAGCUGUACUUCUGCUCCCAUCAAGACAAAUUUAAUAAAACUGACGCGCUUAAAAAGGAAAAAGAAAAGAACAAGUCAAACAGAGCCUCCAAAGCCUAACGAUACCGUCGAGGAAACUUUUGUGAUCAAGAUAUCUUUAGCUAAUAUUUGCAAAUAUCCCAAGUUCGUUACCUUGAUUCAAGAAGUAGUUGGCUACAUUACUCAACUGGUAUAA